CUGUCCUUCUGUAAUUUCAGCUGUCCCCUGUUGACAACAGAUGUAGCUGCUCGUGGUCUUGAUAUUCCUUAUGUACAGCAUGUCAUACAUUACCAGGUUCCCCGUACUUCCGAGCUUUAUGUUCACAGAAGUGGCAGGACUGCCAGAGCUGCCAAUGAGGGCCUGAGCUUACUACUGAUUGGACCCCAGGACUUGAUUAAUUUUAAAAAGAUUUAUAAAACACUGAAGAAGGACGAAGAGCUUCCUUUCUUUCCAAUUGAGGCAAAAUACAUGACAGCAGUCAAGGAGCGUGUGAAUUUGGCAAGACAGAUUGAGAAGAUUGAGUAUUUCAACAGCCGAGCCAAGCAUCAAAACUCAUGGCUCCAGCAAGCUGCAGAAGCACUUGAACUUGAUCUGGAUGAUGAUGAGCUAAUAGGAGGCCAGUUCACUGAGCGAGAAGAGAGCGAGAAGCAGAAGAUGCUGAAGGGAAUGAAGAAGCAACUAAAGCACUUGCUCAGUCAGCCAGCAUUUAAAGGUCUUAUGAAAACCAAAUACCCAACCCAAUCGGGGAAAUUAAUUCUAUCUGACUGCAUAGGCCAGCACUCUCAGUCUGCCUUGAGUGCUAUAUCAAAAGUACAAGUGAAGAAGGUAAAGAAGAAACAAUAAUAGUGAUAUGUUAAAUAAUUGACAGGACAUAUGAAGAUGAAAGACAGAGAAAUUUUCUUUUCCCCUUUUGUAGACAUGACUUACUCAGAGUUGCUUUCAUGCACAUACCUAUCUUGAAUAAAUGAUUAUGAUAAUCUGCU